CGAACUACUCACUUGUUCCGCCUACAAGUGGUCCAUAAUUAAUUUUAUAUAAAAGCAACAACAAUAAUUUUUAUAUCCACCAGUCGGUAAAAUAACGUCGCAGCGCCAAGUAGAAAUACAAAAGAUUUUCAAGUGUCUUUUCUUUCUAAAAAGAGAUCGCUUUUUUAUUUUAGUUUGUUACUGCGCUAUAAUAAAAUAAAAAUUGAAAAUAAAAAAAUAAAAGAAGGAAAAAAGUUUAAUAAGCACGAAAAUAAUUAAAAAGCGUGUAAAAAAACUAAAUAUAUUUUUAUCUGCUUAUAAUAAUUUAUUCACGGCAAAUCGUUAAGUGAUAAAUAUUUAAUUUGCUUGUCAUUAAGAAACAUGCAAACCACUUUGCUCUGCGCUUUGUUGUUGGGAAUUUUGGCAUGUCAUAGCGCCCAGGGGGAUUUACGCUAUCGCGGCAAUGCCGUACAUCCAGAUUAUCCAGGUCAGUGCUAUUACGAAGAGCUGAGACAACCGAUACCAACGAAUCAGUCGUAUAAACCGAUUAAUAGAGAUGGGCGCUGCGAAUCAAUAUUUUGUCGUAAAGAUUUUGUACUGGAAAUUCGAUACUGCGGCCGCCACAAUUUGCAACCGAACGCCACUUGUCGCAUCGAGUCGGAUAUGCGACGCGCAUAUCCCGCCUGUUGUCCGGGCUUAGUGUGUCAAACAGACAGCAAUUUCAUUUAAUUUCUUGUAUAAUUUGCGACUUAAUUGUUGAAACUUAAUUCUUUUCAAUUAUCCAAUCGUUAAACACAUUGUUGUUGUUGUUGUCGUUAUUGUUUGUAGUACACACAUACUUACAUAUGCAUAUAAAAAUUAUUACACUCACAGAGCUGUAAACUUUAUUUAUGGCUUUGAAGUGUCAAGUAUAUGUGUGUAUGCAUGUGUGUGUAG